AUGGGAGAAGAGGAGAACAAAGAAACAAAAUUACAAGCACAGUCUGCGGGCUCUGUUCCCACACAAGAGCUUUCCCUUUUCCUCAAAGGAAAGGAACCGGAGAAUGCAGACACUUCAAGUUCAAGCAGUGUUAGAAAAGAGCACUGCGUGAUCCAUGUUCCUAAAGACCAGGCAACUUCUCAACUUGAUCAAAUUCCUGCUGCUAGAACGGAUACACAGGAUUCAGUUAGCAGAGAUACUGUGCUUGCAAAAGUUGAAGCAGAGAAAAGAUUGGCUUUAAUCAAAGCAUGGGAAGAAAGUGAGAAGACAAAAGUAGAUAACAGGGCAUAUAAGAUGCAUUCUGCUGUUGGAAUGUGGGAGAAUAGUAAGAAAGCAUCUGUGGAGGCAAAAAUAAAAAUAAAUGAGGAAAAGUUAGAAAGAAAGAAGGCUGAGUAUGUUGAAAAAAUGCAGAAUAAAAUUGCUGAAAUUCAUCGAUCAGCAGAAGAGAAAAGGGCAAUAGUUGAAGCUCAAAGAGGAGAAGAAUUCGUCGAGGUAGAGGAGACCGCUUCAAAGUUUCGUACCCAUGGGUAUCCAUCAAGGAAACUUCUUGCAUGCUUCAACAGAAUUUCCAUCUCAUUUAAGUAA